AUGGGAUUUCACGAAGCCUGUUUCAGCAACUGUCACUUCCCUUACUGUCCAGGCGAUCCGGAUAUAAUAUACAACGGAUGUUACACUUGGACGUUCAAUGAAUUAAUUUUUUCCAAUGAUCAGUUUCGAGAAAUAGUCGAUUGGCUGAUGCCUCCUUGGUUCAUGACAUGCAAAAACCUUUUUGCAAGCAACAUAGCCAUAUUAUUCGUCUGUUGCAUCUUGUUGUUAAUAUGCACGUGUUGGGCAUUUAAACCUCUGUAUAAACUACCAGCUCACCAGAAGAAAGAUGUAUGUGCCAUUGUUUUAGGGUUCAUAACGCUUUUCAUGCUUGUCGUUUCAAACCUCAUAAACGUUUCAGCGAUAGCGUUAUUUAGCAGUGUUGCUCCACAUCGGAAAUACAUGCCCAUGGCCUACAAGAACCAUUUUGGUUAUUCAUUUUGGCUCGAUUUUUCUGUGUGCAUCAUCCUAUCGGUCUCAGUCUUUUUAACUUACCUCUCAACCAUUUCUAAAGUCAUCUAUUACGUUGGACCAAAAGAUCCAAAAUAUUCUGACGAGAUGAUGCUCGGGCGAUCCUAG